AUGGACUUUGGGUGGCCCGAGGGGGAGGGGCUGGCCCUCUCCUGCCCUCCACUGCCCUUUACUCCCCCACCCCGGCCCCCACCUCCCCAGGGGACUGGGUCACUCUGGACCUUGCUACUUCCUGCUCCUGGCCGCCACUGCUCAGAGGCUAUGGAGCUGUGGAAGCAGCUGAGGCAGGCUGGACUGGUGCCCCCAGGGCUGGGCCCACCCCCGCGGGCCCUGAGGGUGGUGCCCCCAGCGAAGAGGGUGGGUCAGACCCUCAUGUUCCCAGGGGCUGACACUGGAGGUGCCAGGGAGAGUCUGCUGUGGCUCUGGAAGGAGCUGGUGAACCUCCGCCUAGUGGAUGUCCAGCUGCUGGGCCAGCUAUGCAGCCUGGGGUUGGAGAUGGGGGCACUUCAGGAGGAACUGAUCACCUUCCUGGAAGAGGAGGAGGACGGAGAGCUGGAGGGGAAGCAGGAGGGGGCCAGCGGUCCAGCCCCAGGUCACCGCCUCCCUGACUUUGAAAUGACUAUCUGAGGCCCUGCUGCUGUGCUUUCGGACCCACGAAUGCGCCACCUGCAGGAGACAGGCAGAUAUCUGCGGAUGGCAGCCGACGAGAAGCAGGGCUGCAAAUAUAACUCUUGCCCAGGUGCACAUUUGUAGAAAAGAUGCC